ACUUCCUCUAGCCUCUGUCCAGCCCUGCAGAGUCUGCACUGUUAAUAUAACAGUCAGAACUUCCUCUCUACCUCACUUCUCUACAGCACUAGCAAUGGAGAUGGACAGCAUUUACACUGGGCUGCAGAAUCCCUCGGAGGAUUUCUACUCAACAGUAAACCAACCCCAGGGCAAGAGAGCAGGAGCAGAAAAGGGUGACCCCACUGCUGGUAAAGCUCCUCCAUACAGAUGGGCUGCAUUGGUCCUGGCAGGGCUGUGUGCUCUCUCAGUGGCUGCCAUUAUAUUCCUCGCAGUCUACCAUAUUGGAUCAUUGGACCAGCUGACGACAGAGAUCCAGAACUUGAGCAGAAACUACAGUGAUCUACAGGGCAGCUUCAACAAUCUCAAUGCACAGCAAUUUGAAUGCAUGGCUCAGAACAACAGACUCCAGUCACAGUGUUCAGAAUGGGAAGAGAAAUACUCAGCGUUGGAUCAAUUUUGUUCUGUCACAGAUACAGCUUCAAAGAAGCGGGUUUGUAAAGCCUGUCUACUGAACUGGGUGGAGUUCAAUGGAAAGUGCUACUACUUCUCGCCUGAUACAAUGGACUGGAACUCCAGCCGGGCUAGCUGUGUGUCGAUAGGAGCAGACCUGGUGAUUAUAGAGAGCGAGGCAGAGCAGGAGUUCAUACACAGCCAGACGGGACGAAGCAGAGAUUUCUUUUGGAUUGGACUCUCUGAUGAGGUCACAGAAGGAGAGUUUCUCUGGGUGGACAACACACUUCUGAAUAUAACGUACUGGAAAGACAAGGAGCCAGACAACAAAGCUAUUGUUAAUUCUAAAGUGCAUUCUAAUGCAGACUGUGCUGUCAUCGAUUACAAAGUAGCUCCUCUGCAGAGCUGGGGUGAUACACUGUGCUCUGUGCCAGCCAAUCCAGCCAACGCCGAUGAACUGAUAUCUCUGGUCGAGAGUCAUACAGCCGCCGACAGGUUGGCUCAUUGUUCCCCGGAGGGACAACGCCGCUUCAACCCGCGCACCCCGUUCCUGAAGAGGCAGGAACACACCGACGUGGGGAAGUACCCCAAAGUUCCACUGGGUUUUCGCCAUUUGAGUUGCUGUAUGGCAGACAACCCCGGGGGAUUUUGGACAUAG